CAGAAAUGACAAGAACAUCUGGCAAGCGCGUUACGCAUGUUAUACUAGAUGUUGACGGGACUUUAUUGGAUACCGAAACAUGUUAUGAGAAGGCAAAUCAGGAGAUGUUGGCCAAGUUUGGGAGGAAGUUUACUUCUGAGAUGAAAGCAAACAUGAUGGGGCGUAAUGGGGUGGAGGCAGUUGCGUGGUUGAUCAAAGAAGUGGGUAUCUCCGACAAGAUCUCGGUUGAAGACUUUGUUGCACAGAAGGAUGCUAUGCUUGCUGAAAUGUUCCCCAAAUGCAAUGCUUUUCCCGGUGCCGAACGCUUAGUUCGCCACUUUGCUAAGCACCAUAUACCGAUGGCGAUAUGCUCAGGCUCAUGUUAUCGGAAGUUUGAACAAAAAGCAAUUAGGCAUCGCCAUUGGAUGGAUUUGAUUCCCAUAAAAGUGCUCUGCGCAGAUGAGAAGGAAAUCAAACGAGGUAAACCCUAUCCAGAUGGAUUUCUCAUGACAAUGCGGAAAUUUUGCAAUGCCCCAGCUGAUCCAUCCCAUGUGCUUGUCAUCGAGGAUUCACCUAAUGGAGUUCAAGCGACUAUAGCUGCCGGUAUGCAGUGCGUUGCUGUGCCAGAUCCUGCACUUCGCUCGCAGGUGCAGUUGCUAAAUGUAAGCAAAGUCCUUACGAGCCUUGAGGAAUUCAAGCCGGAAGAGUUCGGACUGCCUCCUUUUGACUGAUCCUCAGCUUCGAGCAAGAGGUGUGGCACACAGCCGCCGGAGACGACUCCCACCCCUACCCCUAACAACCGUUUGCCUACCGUAAACUCAAUAUUGAGGUCAUGUCAAGUAUUAGUAAUAAAUCAGUAUUUAGCAUGUCGGUUAACCCCUGUGGGCCAAUAGCGAACUCUAAAGGCUACUCCUUUUUGCCCAUGUAAGAAAUAACACUUUAAAUUGUCGCCAAACUGUAAA